UCACAACAAGACAGGGCGGUAGCCAUAUACAAUGGCUUCCAACGUACCUCUGACAGAACUGCAGGGCCAGAUACCUAUCCGGAGGAAAGGGAAUACAAAGUGCUCUGUCCACAAAACUAAGGAUGUGAUUUUACACUGUACUGACUGCAGUAUUUUGGUAUGUCUUUCGUGCAGUAUAUCGACUCACAGUGGCCAUACACUUACUGAAAUAUCGGACAUAGCGCCACAGAAGAAGGAUGUUUUGCAGGAUUUCAUUCACGACAUUGAAAAUAACAAACUCAUUCAACUACAGAAUGAAAUGCAAUCAAUUGAAAACAAAAUCCUUGAAAACGACACCAACUUUAAGGAUCUUGGCCAGCAAGUGAAGAAGCAGGGACAGGUAUGUAAAAAACAAAUCGAUGUCCUUACCGACGAGUUUGUCUCCAUCUGUGACAGUUUAGAAAGAGACAACAGAGACCUACUUAUGAAGUACAAGGAGGAACUCCAACAACGGUACACCUCUCUUCUUGAACAAGUGAGAGAGUGCAAGGAAAUACUUCAAACGGGUACAGAUAUCCUAGUUUAUGAUUCGGCGUCUGACCUAUCCGCUGAGGACAUCUCAGAAGCACCGGUGUUGCACGAAGCCGACUUCCAUCCUUGUACGUUAAUCACAGACCAGUUGCGGAAGGCUUUGGGCAUGUUGAAUUCUUUCUCAAGACCUCUGAAUACUUUUUCAGAAACGAUCCGAUCAAAAGAAGAAUUUCUAGAUGAAUCCGUUGGCCUGACAAAAUUCAAGAGUCCUAUGGAUUGUAGUUCAAUCUGCCCCACCACAUCUGGUGCUUGGCUCUGUGAUAAUGAUUCGGAUGAGUUGAUGUUGGUAGACGCAAAAGGGCAAAUAAAGCAAAGGAUCCAGUAUACCGACAGUAAUAUUAUGGAUAUCAGCAUUUCACAAGCAGGCAAUCUAUGGUUUUGUUGUAGGAACAACUUCUCCAUCAAUGAAGUACCAGCAUCCUCGAUUGUUCCAAUCACUAGAUUUGCUGUAGAUGCAUGGCCGACAUGUAUCUGCAUCUCAAAGGAGGGAAAUGUGGUAGUUGGUACAAAAGAUAUGAAGGAAGGAAAACUGAGUAUCUACACAACAGAAGGUCAACUGAUGCUCUCAACCUCUGCUUACAAGAAAGGCUCGGUGCUUGGGACGCCGUUUUCUAUCUCGGAGUGUUCAGUGACAGGACGCUUUGCAGUAACCAGUUGGGAACAAAAGGAUGACGGAACUUGGUCUAGUUACGUUCGUGUGUAUGAUCAAGAACUCAAAUUCAGGUUUGACAUAGGCGAAAAUGGAGAAGAGCGAGAAACAGAGAUUUCGUCGCUUUGUCCAUGGGGCGCUGUGUACGAUAGCAAAGGUAAUCUUUUUGUUGUUGUCAACAAUGAUGUUAAACUGAUGAGUGGAACUGGACAGUAUCUGAAAACAAUCAUCAAAUGUGUUGGAAGCUUUUCUGUUGCAGCCAUCAACGUUCAACCUGAUGAUGUAUUGUGGGUACAUGUUUAUACAUACAAGUUAGAGAAACGAGGAAUGUUUGGAAAACUGCUGAAGAAACGGUCCGAUUCAAAUGCACGCAAUUCGGAGAUUAAAACGGUUAAGUAUUACAAAGACUAAGAAAAAGACAUAUUCACUCAUGGUGGCAGGGAGAAUGUAUAGGUUGAAAGUUGGUAAACGUGACAGUCUCUAGUGACAUUGUAGCACUACAUUUUAUGUGUCAGAGCUGAUAAGCUUAAAUAAGGCUAUAUGAUCUGAUGUGACAUCCUUAGGAUGUAUAGCUUAUAAUGUCAUAAAAACAUGUAGGAAAUGAAGGAGGAACACAGAUCACAAUUUCACAAUGGUAUGUACUUAACAAAGUCAUGCUCGGGUAAGGUUAAAAAAUGUGAAUAAACAUUCAAUACGCCAUAUUUCCCCGUCAUACUGAACAUAGUGCCUUUGUUUUGUUGUAAGACAACGUUGUUAUUUAACAGUGUGUAGAUGGUUUGAUGUUUUGUUAUACUUUAAAAGCGUUUUGAAUAUCUAUGUGUUUUGUUCCUACUACUUUACCGUUUAUUCUAUAGUAUGCUAUUUUUAAACAGUGCAAUAUAUAUGUGUGUGUGUGUGUGUGUGUGUGUGUGUGUGCGUGUGUGUGUGUGUCAAAAAAGUAAUAUCAACGGUAACUUCCCAAAUAGUACAGGCUCCUUGCAAACAUAUGUUGUAGGAUACGGAUUACUUUAAAUUUGUAUGUAGGACAAGCAAGUAAUUCUAACAGUGUAGACACAUUGUGAGGUCAAAGUAUGCAUAUCUUUCGGUGUUUUCAUAUGACCUUACACAAUGUUUCAUUGGAAUUUCACAGGAAAUGUCUACAAUUAGAAUUAUACCUCCUUGUCCAUAUAUAUAUACAUAUUAUUUGUGAGCCUAAGGUUAACCCCAUAACAUGUAUUGUCCCAUCUGACAGUUUUCAUAUGUACCUUGUCAGUAAAGGAACUGGUGCAUUUCAUUGACAGUAUUAGACAGAUGCUACGUAAAAUAAGUACGAAUAUACAGGGUUGAAAGCAAUGGGUUUAUCCCUUGAACUAUAUUGAGUUAUAUUCGAUAAUGUCAUCAAGUAGUUGUAUUUAGUUGUCAAUAUUGCAUAUUCAUACUUCC